AUGGAUGUUAGAGUGGAGGGCUUUAAGCAAUUGCAGGAGUUAUAUAAAAGAGACAAUGAAUUUGGUGAAAUCUGGCAGUUAAUGGGUGAAGAACUUUCUGGUUUGAGUGCCAAAGAUCUACAGAGCCUGGAAAACCAACUGGAGACAAGUUUGAAAGGUGUCCGGAUGAAAAAGGACCAGAUACUAAAUGAUGAAAUAAAAGAACUGAACCAGAAGGGAAAUCUCAUACAGCAAGAGAAUAUGGAACUGUAUAAGAAGCUAGACCUUGUAGGUAAAGAGAAUGCAGAACUGCUAGAGAAGGUUUAUGGAGCAAGGGGUGUGAAUAAAGAAAACAAAAGUUCCCAACCUCCAUAUACCAUCACUAAUGGAUAUGAUUUGCAAACACCCAUCCAUCUGCAGCUAAGCCAGCCACAGAAUCAAACUCAGCCUCGGCUUCAGAACAAUGAAAUACCAGCAAAAGGAAUCAAAUUAGGAUAUAUUACAACUGCAUUAGCGCAAAGUUAUUUCACAGCUGUGAAACAUUUGCGACCGUUCAUUGGAGAUCAAAUGAAAGAUUGGCAGGAUGUUUCUGUAUAA